GACAAUCCAGGUUUCUAUAAACUUAACCUGUACAGAGUAAUAUUUCAUUACAAAGCAUCUUUUCCAUUAUAGAUUUAAUAAUUCGCAAUGGAGUGUCUAAUAGGAAUUAAAUUUAAUGAUUUCGUUAUAAUUGCUGCUGAUAUGACCAGUUCCCAGAGCAUUAUUGUGAUGAAAACAGAUGAAAAUAAACUGUAUAAAUUGUCCAACAAACUUGUUAUGGCGGUGUCUGGUGAGUCUGGAGAUACGACUCAAUUUGCAGAGUACAUAGCGAAGAACAUACAGCUAUACAAAAUGAGGAAUACUUACGAAUUGAGUCCCCAAGAGGCAGCAAAUUUCACACGUCGAAAUUUAGCUGACACACUGCGUACCAGGUCUCCAUAUCACGUAAAUCUGCUGUUGGCUGGAUACGACGAGAAAGAUGGGCCUCAACUGUACUAUCUAGAUUACUUAGCAUCAUCUGCCAAAGUUGAUUACGCUGCCCACGGUUAUGGUGGAUAUUUCUCCCUGUCGAUAAUGGACCGCAAUUAUUUGAAAAGCUUAAGCAGAGACCAGGGUUAUAACCUCUUAAGAAAGUGUGUACAGGAGGUCCACAAGAGACUUGCUAUUAAUUUACUCAAUUUUAAAGUGCAGGUCAUCGAUAAGGACGGUAUCCAUGAUAUGCCCAAUAUUACUCUAGCUAACUUAAAUGAAAAUUAAUUUUUAUAUUAUUUUUUAAGUAUUUCUUACGAUUAUAAUUUAAAUAAAAAUGAAAAUUAU